GCCCCGGCCCGGCCGCCGGGGGCAGCGCGAUCCCGCGGGGCCCUGUGAGCCCCCAGCGCCACGGCACCAUGUUGCUGGUUGAGAAGACAACCGACUCACCGGCGGCUGAGUUCUCGCUGGUGGAGGACGUGGCGCUGCACUUCGCCUGCUUGAUGGGCCGCCUGAACGAGCAGCGCCUCUUCCAGCCCGACCUCUGCGACGUGGACCUGGUGCUGGUGCCCCAGCGCAGCGUCUUCCCGGCACACAAGGGCGUGCUGGCUGCCUACAGCCAGUUCUUCCACUCGCUCUUCACCCAGAACAAGCAGCUGCAGCGUGUGGAGCUGUCCCUGGAGGCGCUGGCCCCCGGCGGCCUGCAGCAGAUCCUCAACUUCAUCUACACGUCCAAGCUGCUGGUCAACGCGGCCAACGUGCACGAGGUGCUCAGUGCCGCCUCGCUGCUGCAGAUGGCUGACAUCGCCGCGUCCUGCCAGGAGCUGCUGGACGCCCGCUCCCUUGGCCCACCAGGCCCUGGCGCUGUGGCCCUGGCCCAGCCAGCUGCCAGCUGCACCCCGGCCGCACCACCCUACUACUGCGACAUCAAGCAGGAGGCCGACGCCCCGGGCCUGCCCAAGAUCUACGCCCGCGAGGGCCCUGAUCCCUACUCGGUGCGCGUCGAGGACGGGGCAGGGGCCGAGGGUGGCACAGUGCCUGCCGCCAUUGGGCCAGCUCAGCCCUUCUUCAAGGAGGAGAAGGAGGGUGGUGUGGAGGAGGCAGGGGGGCCCCCAGCCAGCUUGUGCAAGCUGGAGGGUGGGGAGGAGUUGGAGGAAGAGCUUGGGGGUUCUGGCACCUAUAGCCGCCGGGAGCAGUCGCAGAUCAUAGUGGAGGUGAACCUCAACAACCAGACACUGCACGUGUCUACGGGGCCCGAGGGGAAGCCAGGCGCUGCCACAGGCCCGGCCACCAUGGUGCUGGGCCGGGAGGACGGGCUGCAGAGACACUCAGAGGACGAGGAGGAGGACGAUGAGGAGGAGGAGGAGGAGGAGGAAGAGGAAGAGGAGGGUGGUGGCAGUGGAGGGGAGGAGGAGGAAGAGGAGGAGGAAGAGGAAGGUGGCAGUCAGGGAGAGGAGGAAGACGAGGAGGAAGAAGGGCACAGUGAACAGGAGGAGGAAGAGGAGGAGGAAGAGGAAGGGCACAGUGAGCAGGAUCAGGAGAGCUCAGAGGAGGAGGGGGAGGAAGGAGAGGCGGGGAGCAGGCAGGGGCUGGUGGGGCGCCGUGGCAGCCGGGCAGACCCCCCUCCCCACAGUCGCAUGGCCACACGGUCCCGGGAGAAUGCUCAGCGCCGGGGCCCCCCUGAGCCUGAGGAGGCCGGGCGACGGGGUGGGAAGCGGCCAAAGCCACCCCCAGCGACCCCCGCGCCAGCUGGAGGGCCGCAGGCCACUGACGGGCUGGGGGCCAAGGUGAAGCUGGAGGAGAAGCAGCACCACCCGUGCCAGAAGUGCCCGCGCGUUUUCAACAACCGCUGGUACCUGGAGAAGCACAUGAACGUGACCCACAGCCGCAUGCAGAUCUGCGACCAGUGCGGCAAGCGCUUCCUGCUGGAGAGCGAGCUGCUGCUGCACCGGCAGACAGACUGCGAGCGCAACAUCCAGUGCGUGACAUGUGGCAAAGCUUUUAAGAAGCUCUGGUCCCUCCAUGAGCACAACAAGAUCGUCCACGGCUAUGCGGAGAAGAAGUUCUCCUGUGAGAUCUGUGAGAAGAAGUUCUACACCAUGGCCCACGUGCGCAAGCACAUGGUCGCCCACACCAAGGACAUGCCCUUCACCUGCGAGACCUGCGGGAAGUCCUUCAAACGCAGCAUGUCUCUCAAGGUGCACUCUCUGCAGCACUCCGGGGAGAAGCCCUUCAGAUGCGAGAACUGCAACGAGCGCUUCCAGUACAAGUACCAGCUGCGGUCCCACAUGAGCAUCCACAUUGGCCACAAGCAGUUCAUGUGCCAGUGGUGUGGCAAGGACUUCAACAUGAAGCAGUACUUCGAUGAGCACAUGAAGACGCACACAGGGGAGAAGCCGUACAUCUGUGAGAUCUGCGGCAAGAGCUUCACCAGCCGGCCCAACAUGAAGCGGCACCGGCGCACGCACACGGGCGAGAAGCCCUACCCCUGCGACGUCUGCGGCCAGCGCUUCCGCUUCUCCAACAUGCUCAAGGCGCACAAGGAGAAAUGCUUCCGCGUCAGCCACCCCCUGGCCGGCGACGCCGCCCCCUCUGCCCCAGGCCUGUCCCCGCCCCAGCCGCCGGCGCACGCACUGCCCUUGCUCCCCGGGCUGCCCCAGACCCUGCCGCCCCCGCCGCACCUGCCGCCGCCGCCCCCGCUCUUCCCCACCACUGCCAGCUCCGGUGGGAGGAUGAACGCCAGCAACUAACUGCCCCGCCGCCCACGCGGGACCUGG